AUGGAAAGUGAUGCUGCCAUGUCUACAUCUCUCCCUGUCCUUGACGAGGAAACCAACAGGAAGCUGCUUCGAAAGAUUGACACGCGUGAAAUGCGUGUUAUGUGUACCACCUAUGCACUCCAGUACUAUGACAAAGCGCUCCUCAGCCAGGCAGCCAUCUUCGGGCUAAGGAAGGAUUUGGGUCUCGACGACGGUCUGAAGUAUGCGUGGGUCUCGUUAAUCUUCUACUUCGGAUACAUCGCUCGGUUGUUAUCCGUGUGUCCCAUCAUCUGCUUCCUAUGGGCCGUGGUCGUUCUCACCACGCCAGCCUGCACCAGCUACACCGGCAUCCUCAUCAACCAGUCCUUCCUCGGCCUAAUCGAGAGCGGCGUCUCGCUGGCAUUUAUGCUUUGCACGGGAAUGUGGUACACUCACUCCGAACAGGUCUUCCGCAGCUCCCUUUGGUACUCCUUCAGUGGUGGCUCAAACAUCAUCUCACCGCUGAUUAACUACGGUCUGGGCCACAUCACCGGUGGAGCACUUCACCCCUGGCAGUACAUGUAUCUGAUCGGGGGACUCGCAACUCUGCUGUGGUCUAUCGUCCUCUGGUUCGUCUUCCCCGGUACUCCACAGGUUGCGAAGGGUUUCACAGAGGCAGAAAAGAUACUGGUGCUCGAACGCGUCCGGUCGAAUAAUGCCGGUGCCGAGAACCGCCAAUUCAAAUGUAUUGGUAGUGGGGCGGUGACGACGUUCGGCUCGAUCAUCUUCAACGGAAUGGGGUUUACAACAUUUCAGUCCCUACUACUGAAUAUGCCGAUUGGAGCGCUGGCCUUUGUUUGUAUCCUUGGAUCUGGUUAUAUCGGGAGGAAGGUUCCGGACUCGCGACUUUAUGUCGUGAGUGGGGCCUGUGUUCCUGUCAUUUUGGGGAGCUGCUUGAUAUGGAGACUUCCAACUUCGCAACGCGCGGCUCGUAUCAUCGGCUUCUACCUCAUCAACUUCUUCUCCUCAGCCUGGGUGCAAUGCAUCGUGAUGGGAACGUCGAAUGUAGCCGGACACACGAAAAAGGCGACCAUGGCUGCGGCGACAUUCAUUGGGUACUCAUUGGGUAAUAUCAUCGGGCCUUUGACUUUUGAUGCAAAGGAUGCCCCUCGUUACGACCCAGGCUUCCAGGCAACGGUUAUCUGCUUUGCAAUCUGCUGCGUGCUCGCGCAGGUAUUCCGGGCGCUCAUGUAUACGCAGAGUAAGAGGCGGGACGCCAAGUAUGGUGCGCCGAGUGGGGAACACGGAUUAGACGACCUGACAGAUGGGGAGAAUAAGUCUUUUCGGUAUCCACUGUAG